GCUUCUCCUGCUCGCACAUGAGCCAGUGCGUAGCUCUGUAACUUAUACUUCAACGUCGUCAACGGUACACACGAUGUCGAGCAACUUUGCGCCGACGCCCGCAGAGCUUGCACUCGUAAAUCAGAUAUUCGCUCAAGCCGAUACCCAGAAAAUCGGAAUUCUCACUGGUGACGUCGCCGUAAAGGUCUUCCAGGGUGCUAAACUACCACCGACCGUCUUGGGCGAGAUUUGGAGUAUUGCAGAUGAUGAUAACAAUGGAUUUUUGACAAAGAAGGGUGUUUCAAUUGCGGUCCGUCUGAUGGGCCAUGCGCAGAAAGGCCACAAGGUCGACAAGUCUCUUGUCAACAAACCCGGACCAUUAGCCAAUAUCGAAGGCGUGCAAACGCCUUUGAUUCCACAAGGCACUGGUGCAUCAAUACCGAAGUCACCGCCUCCUGGUUUACCUCCAUUGACUCCUCAAGACAAGGCCAAAUUCACCCGGAUAUUUCAGGGUUGUGGGCCCGUCAAGGGUCUUCUCAAUGGCGAGAAAGCGCGCGACGUAUUCGUCAAAUCCAAACUCUCUGUGGACAAAUUAUCUCAAAUAUGGACUUUAUGUGACACACAAGACCGAGGCGCGCUCGACGCAACCGACUUUACCAUAGCCAUGUACCUAAUUCAAGCCUCCAUGUCCGGCCAACUUUCGUCUAUUCCGACUUCCAUUUCACCCAGCCUGUACGAGCAGGCUGGUGGGGUUUCCGUUCAUGCGACUGGUGGUAGCGCCAAUUUCAGCAGCCCGGGCUUUCCACAAGUACCGAGGCAGAAUGCUGUGCAGCCGCAGCUGACAGGACAGGCGUCUCCGGCUCCUCCCCUUCCUAAUAGACGCCUUGGACCCAGCAAGCUUGCCCCAACUAUACCUGCAUUCCCUGGUGUUCCUCCUCAACCCACCGGUCAAUGGGAUGUCACUGCGGCUGAGAAGGCCAGUGCAGACAGCUUCUUCGACACAUUGGACCUUCAGCGCAGAGGGUACAUCGAAGGUGACGUUGCAGUGCCAUUCAUGCUCCAAUCCAAGUUGCCAGAAGAUGUCUUGGCCCAAAUCUGGGACCUCGCAGAUAUUAGUAAUGACGGCCGUCUAACCCGCGACGGAUUCGCAGUCGCGAUGCACCUUAUCCAGGGCAACAUCUCAGGCAAAGAUGUCCCUAGUACGUUGCCUCUGACCCUUAUACCUCCAUCGAUGCGUGCAGCGCGAUCUGCUGCCGCCUCGGCGUUUCACAAACCUGAACCAGUGCGCGAUCUCCUUUGGGACGAUUCGCCUCCGCCGUCGGCGACCACCUCGCAGCCUCCAACAAGCAUCUUGCAGCCCCAGACCACGGGUACCCCACUCUCUCCGCGGUCUGUGCCUCGUCCCAUACCACCCUCACAGGAUCCCUUUGGCUCGUCUGCAGCUACAUCUCCAUCGAACAGGAAUUUCCUUGAUGAUGAGGAUAUACACCCGUCACCCGCUUUUCACGAUCAGUCUGCGGAAAUUGGGAACGUGCAGAAUCAAUUUAAUUCCACAACCAGAUCUCUGCAGACGACAAAGGCUGAGCGAGAGUCUCUCGAGAGCACGCUUGCUAGUCAGGCGGCGCAGCUUUCAGCUCUUCAGACUCAGCUUGCUUCUGCCAAGGCAUCUUAUGAGACGGAGACUUCGCUUUUGAACACGCUUCGUGAUCGUCACGCAGCUCAGACCGCCGACAUUCAGAGAGUUAGGGAAGAACUCAUCAGGGGCGAGAGCGAUCUCAGCGCUGUCCGAGUGGAGAAAGCGGAAAUUGAAGGGUCUUUCUUGCGUGACAAGGAAGAGGUUCGAGACCUGAACAGGCGCAUGGCGGAGGUUACGACGCAAAUCGCUGUUGUGAAGCAGGAAGUCGAAAAGACGAAGAAAGACGCGAAACAACAGAAAGGUCUUCUUGCGAUUGCCAAAAAGCAACUCGUAGCCAAGGAGUCGGAGAAACUCAAGGUGGACAGGGAGCUAGAAGAGGCACAGCAAGAUCUUACCGACACCAUCAAGGAGAGAGAAGAAGCGGAGGCCGAUGUCGAGAACACUGUGAAUACGCUUUCGCAGGCAGCCUUGGGGCGUUCGAAGUCACCGGACUCGGUUGCUUUCGCAGCUGCUCAUCCUUUACCAGUUACACCUGAUAUGACGGGGGCUACGAGCCCUAUCAGUGUCAAGAGUAACAAUCCCUUCGACAGGUUUGCAAAGUCCUCGGGGGCAUCGACUCCUCGAUCUCAGUCGCCGUUCCCGCCUUUCUCUAACGCUUCUUAUGCUCCACCCCCUGGCCUUCCAUCGCCGCCCGGUCUCUCUGCCCCAGCUACCACAGUUACAACGGAAGCCGGGUCAUUCGACUUUUCGCAGGCAUUCGAAGAAGAACCCGCGCAACAGACCGACAAUGCGCCUGAUACAGAUAGUUCUGAAUUCGUCGUUGUAACCCCUCGCCCGAAUGACGCGCCAUACUUUUUGAAUGACGUCGUGUCGUCACCCACGAGCGAUGAACAUUUCACCACCCCUCCAACCAGCAUCACACCAGUCAAUCACGACACCAGUGCAAACGUUUCAUCUCUCGAUAGCGUUGCGGCGCACUUCCCCGCCAUUGAUGAUUUCAAUACUCAGCACUCUGUACCCGAGGAGGGGGAGAAGGAGACAGACUUGUCGACAGAUCUCCAGGAAUUAGAAGUGAAUGAGACCGAGAGUGAAAGUGAAAGUGAGGACAGCCACGAGUCGGAAGCUGUCCACCGCCCGACAGAGUCUGCCAAGGAGGUUUCUCCCUCCGAAGAAACGAUAUCCUCAAAGGCACCGACCUCUUUCGAUGACAUUUUUGGAGUCAACACCGAUGCCCCCGAGCAAGUCCCCACUUCCAGCAGCGCAACUCAGUCAGACACUGCCGCCCCCUCGCACACUGCCACAUCUCUGGUAGAUGCCUUUGGCGUUCCUUUCUCAGAGCCGCUCGAAGUCACUCAGUCACAGCUCUCUCAACCCUCUGGCACAAGCGGUUUGAAUAGUUUCGACGAGGCACUUGGCAAGAUUUCAAACAGCAGUUCCACGCAGCCGGGUUCCGCCUUCUCCUUCGAUUCCAACUUCGAGGAUAAUUUUGACUUUGGGACAGCGAUGGCGUCAUCUUCUACGUUCCCACCACCCCCCACCGGUUCGGUACCCGCGAAUGGCAAGCCCGCAACGACCACAAACGUGGUUGCGCCUGCGAAUGGGGCGCCUGAUUUCUUCACUCAGCCUGCGAGUAACGGAACACCAGCCACUCCGAAAGCAGCUACAGCACAGCCGGUAGCCCCGGUCUCAUUUGAUGAAGUCUUCUCAUCGGGCCCCUGGAAUGCCCAAAGCAAUGCUCCCCAGCCUGAGAAGGCAGAAUCGAAACAAUUGGACGCGGGGAGCAUAAGCUUCCAAGAUGCAUUCGGAGGCGUCGAUGUCUCUCAAGCCCUGUCGCUAGAUAAUUCCUUCUCAUCUCGCACUUCAAAAGCAUUCACAUCCUCGGCGUCGCAUUCGACCGAGGGUGGUAAACCCUUCCCAAAUGUCUCGCCUCCCGCGUCCCCGCGAGGGUCAACCUCCCCCCGUGUCACGACAUUACGAUCUAGUUCCCCACAACGACGUGCCGUAUCGCCACCGCCACGGGCUAUUUCUCCGAAGAUGCAGCGACCAUCGAAUUCUUCUACAACCAGGGAAGCUGCUCAUGAGAAGCCUGCACCACCUCCGCGGCACUCUAAGCUCAGUAUCCGCCUUCCAUUUGGCAAGAAAAAGAAACAGGACUCAGCAGUGCCACCCAUUCCCCCAUCGAAUAUGUCACGUAAUUUGACUGUUGCAGAGGAGUCUAACGUAACGCCUGGCGUUGAAGACGACGUGGAACCUGUGAAGCAGUUGUCUGCUAUGGGCUUCAGUCGGACUCAAGCGGUUGCGGCGCUGGAAGCACACGAUUAUGACGUACAGAGAGCAUUGAAUAGCUUAUUGGGAGCGCAAUAGGGGGAGGGGGCCGACGACGAACGUGAUAUCUUAUCGUUUGAUUUUACACCUGUAAUAUUUCGCGUGAUCUUUCAUUUUCAGACAACAGAACGUACUUUGGGAACACACAUGCACAUUCUUUACUAUUCAUUCCAUUUCAUCCCCUCGUCAUUCCAGAAAUAUCUGACUCAUAAGGAGCAGAUCAGGGUCCAGCAGAGCCAACGCGGAACAAUACCAUUCCUUUUUGCCGCCUUUCUUAGGGUCUGUUUGACGGGUCGGCGCCGAGGCGUUUUACUUGACAUGAUUCAUCGCCGGGCCUCGAGUGUGAUUGAUUCGACCCUGC